ACAAGUCAGAUAAUUCUGAUUCUAAUAUUUCAGAUUCUAAUGAAAUAAAAUUAACAAAAAAUGAAAAAUUCUGGUGGUAUCGAGAUAAUAAAAAUAUGAACUACAGAAGACCUUUAAUGUAUCCUGAUGAUAAUGGACACAACUGA